GGAGCAGCAGCAGAGAGUCGCAGCCAGUGUGGCAGCUGGGAAUGUGAAGGCUCCAGCACAGAGCGCUAUUUUCAGGACUGGGAACAGCAGCAGGGCUGGCAGGGGGACAGGCUCUGCCCACAACUCUGCUCUAGCCAGCAAACUGGCUUAAUUUGAAGUCCCAACGGGCGACCUACGUUUCUCCGCCCGGGGUGUCGGUGCUGUCGGACGGCGGCAGAUGGUCAGCGGGCAGCCGUUGGUGGCUCACUGCGGGGCUGCUAAGAGCUAAAGAGGGGGAGACCCGGCGGCCGGAGCUCCGCAAUCGUUCCCCGGUGGUCUGUGUCCUGACAGCUUCCUGCCUGGUGGUGUUUCUAACAAUGCGGCGAAGUGUCGCCCCCGGUGAGUCAGUGUGAAACGCUCGGUUAAAUGUGCCUGUUUCACCGCGAGCCGAAGCAAACGCGACGAUGGAGUGAGAUCCGCGGCGGGGGGGAGCGAGCGACACAACAACCUGCCGCGAUUUCCUGCGUGUAAAUAAAUAAAUGAUAGAGGAUACGAUGACCCUGCUGUCCCUGCUAGGUCGGAUCAUGCGUUAUUUUCUGCUCAGACCGGAGACCCUGUUCCUGCUGUGCAUCAGCCUGGCUCUGUGGAGUUACUUCUUCCACACGGACGAAGUGAAGACCAUCGUCAAGUCCAGCCGGGAUGCGGUCAAGAUGGUCAAGGGGAAAGUGGCCGAGAUGAUGCAGAACGAGCGGUUCGGAGGGCUGGACGUCCUGGACGCGGAGUUCGCCAAGACCUGGGAGUUGAAGAGCAACAACGUGGCCGUGUACUCCAUCCAAGGCCGGCGAGACCACAUGGAGGACCGGUUCGAGGUGCUCGCCGACAUCGUCAACAAGAGCCACCCGUCUAUUUUUGGGAUCUUCGAUGGCCAUGGAGGAGAGGCUGCUGCUGACUUUGCUAAGGCCCACCUGCCAGAGGCUCUGCGCCAGCAGCUGCUGACCUAUGAACGGGAGAAAGAGCGAGACAGAGAAAAAGACAAAGAGAAAGACGAAAAAAAAGAAAGGGUUAGCCUCUCCUAUCCGUCCAUCCUUGAGCAGCAGAUACUGACGUUGGACAGAGAAAUGCUGGACAAGCUCUCUGCCACUUACAAUGAAGCUGGUACUACAUGUCUGGUGGCCCUGCUGUCUGAUAAGGAGUUGACGGUGGCUAAUGUUGGAGACUCUCGUGGAGUUCUGUGCGAUAAAGACGGCAAUGCCAUUCCUCUAUCGCACGACCACAAACCUUACCAGCUCAAAGAACGCAAGAGGAUCAAGAAGGCUGGUGGCUUCAUCAGCUUCAACGGCUCGUGGCGUGUUCAGGGCAUCCUGGCCAUGUCCCGCUCUCUGGGCGAUUACCCUCUGAAAAACCUCAACGUGGUCAUUCCUGAUCCCGACAUCAUGUCCUUCGACCUGAACAAGCUGCAGCCUGAGUUCAUGAUCCUGGCGUCAGACGGCCUGUGGGACACCUUCAGCAACGAGGAGGCUGUUCGCUUCAUCAGGGAGCGACUGGACGAGCCACACUUCGGUGCCAAGAGCAUCGUCCUGCAGUCCUUCUACCGCGGUUGCCCUGACAACAUCACCGUCAUGGUGGUCAAGUUUAAAGGCAAGACCAACGAAAAGUAGAGACCAUCUGUCUGCCACACACAGUAUCUGUAUUAUGUUUGAAUAUAAAUGAGAAUAGGCUUAAAAUGAAAGAUUUAAAAAAAAAAAAAAAACGCUUUUUGAGCGAGAACUAUUUCUAUCGCAGAUAUUUACAGCAGUUUGCCCUUCCAUGCAUCAAACCUCGUCCCCGUCCUCCUUUAAUUUUACUGCUAUAAAAGUGACACUAUGGAAACAUCUUUCAUUUAGGCUUAGCCAUAUCUUGAGACACGGUAAUGCGAGCUGGGUCACUGUUAUGCAAAUAAACAGAUUUAGCUUUGUGCAGCUGUGGGUGCGCCCAUUAGUCUGCACACAUUCGUAUGGCUGAGUGUGUAUGUGUGUGUUUGACAGAGUGUGUGAGAGGUGAAGCAGUGAUAGGUGUCUGUUUGUGAUAAACUUGCACACAAGUCUCACAUUAACAAUUCAUUGUCCAGUCAGUAAUGACAGACCUAGAGAAAGCAUGGAGUUCUGUUUCCAUCUUAUUCCAAAUGUGAUGUCUUUCACUCAUCGUCUAUGUGACCACUAAAUUUAGUUUUCUAACUCUGUGUUUCCACGUUGUCUAACUGUAUUGACGAAGUAACGCGCUGAAAAUUCUGUCGUUUAACACAGUGGCAGGUUAUCUGAGUGUGAAUCAUCAAUAUGAAUUUAUACAUGAACACUCCAAAUGAUAAUAAGCCUAUGCUUCUUAUGUUACUGUUCUUAUUGUGCAGCAAUAGAACUGACUGCAUUGUUUUAUCACUCUUGCUGGACGUGGAAAUUCUUGAUGUAAGAAUGGAUAUUUUGUCUUGAGUUGCCCCAUUUUACAAGUCCACUUGAGCAACUUCACUUACAAUGAUUGCUGAUCAUUUCUGUUCUUGUAAACUCUCGUCUGUUUUAAUUGUUGAUAACGUUUCCUAUUUUUUUAAAGCUGAGUUUGUUCUGCUCUACUUUUCUGUUCAGACCCAACUUAUCAGGAUCUGUGUAACUACUAAUAAUGUAAUAACUGUUGGAUAAUAUUGUAGCUUGUCAAAGUGUGAUGAAAUGUCCCUUUAAAUGAGUGUACCGUUCCACAUAAUGGAGUAACAUGUCAUUAUGACUAACUGCUGAUUAUUAAUUCUUAAAGUUUGUCACACAUUAUCUCAUGUAAUAACUCAUUUUAGUAUAAUUAAAAUAAUUAUAAAACACACUUCUAAAUUUGAUAUUAUAAUAUUAUGUUUGAAACAUUUAUCAUCACAUAUCAACCUUUUUAAAAGACUUAUUUCCUAAAUAUUGACCAGCUAUUCCUUUAUCUGACUUUUCUUACAUUAUCGUUUGCUAGUAUCUACCUGGAAUAUAAAUAUACUGACAACUUACUGUUAUAAUUUUCUGUUUUAAUACUGUGUUGUUCUCACUAAGACAAGCGUUCUUCAUCCUAAUCUCUUAACUCAAACUGUAACAAGCCUUUGAAUGAGAUGAGUUAUUGUUGCCUUAUUUUUUUAUCUGUUCAUGUCCUGUUCUGAAGUCUGCUGCCAGAACUACUUCUCGGUUUUCAAUGUAAUGCAGUCGACCAUACCAUGCACAAUGCACGACCUCAGUGUCACACCUUGUUGAUUCAAAUGUAGAAUAGCAUUGUCAAGAGAAUGUCUCCAAGAGACAUGAAAUUGUAAGAUGAAUGUACAUAUUGUCCUCAUGUUAGUAUCACCUCUCCACUGUUAAAUACAGCAACGCGCCUGUUCCCUGAUUGUUUAACCUGAGAGAUAUAUACCAGAUAAAACUGUUUGUGCUUUUUCAGUUCACAUUAUUCCUUGAUAAUGUAUGUUACAGAAUGUUUAUGUGACAUUUGUACUUGUUUUUGUUGACUUUAAUAAACUCUAAAAACAAAAGAAUUCAGAAAUUUUAAAAUGUAAAUCACAAAGGUAACAUUAAAAUGAUAAAUGAUCAUGUCA